AUGUCAUCAGUUGUCUCUACACCUACUGUUACAGUUUUUAUCUGUAUCACUUCAGCAACCUCAACACGCGGUCCAGGGGGCCAAAUCAGCGAAGGAAACCGUGUCAACCAGGGUACACGCUCACAGGAGGACACCGGAUCAGGGACGGCCUGCCAGAUUUAUGUUGACGGCGCCUCUUCGGGUGUCUUGUACAGUAGCAGACGUCAAACCAGUUUAGAUACUAGUCCCGAUGAAGACUCAACCUCCAUAAACUCAUUCGAUACAGAACCCACGAAUCUAUCAGAGACUCCCGGCAAACGAGCGCGCCUCAUGCCAGAACAUCCAUCCAGUUCAAACAGGGAGGGGAUUAACGCCAAGGGCAACCUUUUGGACGAGGGGACACACAGGGAAGACGAGGGAGACAGCAGAAGCUCCUCCGUCGGUGACAAAUUUAUCGACUAUCGGGCAACAACAGGUGGUUAUGAAGACGGCGACGAGUGGAAUGCAUAUGGAGAGGACAGGCAGAGUGACCGUAUGUGUGCCUCCGCAUCCGGAAGGAAGACACGCCGUGCGCGGACCGCCUUCACUUACGAACAGUUGGUUACUCUAGAAAACAAGUUCAAAAGCGCGCGCUAUCUUUCCGUCUAUGAGCGUCUCAACUUGGCCCUCGCACUCAACCUCACGGAGACGCAGGUGAAGAUCUGGUUCCAGAACCGGCGCACCAAAUGGAAGAAGCAGAACCCCGGCAAAGAUGUUAACAGUCCUACAGCGGUCAGUCCACCAAUUACCUUCCCACCAGCUCCAUCGACUACAUCAUCAAAAACUCAGCUAGACUCCCUGCCCUCUUAUAUCGUCCCUUCUGGGACUCGGGGAAGGCUCACCGGCUGCCCUGGCGUGAACGCGCUUGCUAACACAAUAAAGUUAGGCGUACUCGAGAAGACAACUGGCGUUGGUCCCAAUCCAUCCUCACAACCCCAAGCCCUAGUGUCACAAGCCUACGAUUUGAAGCUCACCCCCUCACACGGAGAUAGAGCAGAGCAUGGUGAGGGACAGAUGGCUCACUCUGAGGGCACACAGCAGUUCCAUGCUUCACUCCACGAACACUACGUCAAACUACUUGAUGCAGCAAAUUUUCCAGGGCUUUCUUUCAACUUUGUGACUGCAACAAGAACAGGCCCUAACGGUGUGUUCCAUUCCAAGCCCACAGGUACUGCGCCGAGGCCAGAUACUGAGACGAAUAAUGGGAGGGAGUGGUCACUCAAAGCGAGGGAGGAGGAAGAAGGGGAAAAAGAGAGCGCCGGACAAGAAUGGGGCCUGAAGAUGCAGGAGCAGACGUCCCUCCUACUGCGAGCCGCCUCGUUCGCCGCGUCUGCCCUCGCGUCCGUGAAGUGUACCACUAACCACCCGCCGGAGUUGGGCCCGCAUCCUCUUAAUGGUGCUGUUCUCUCACAAGUUGGGUCACCUCCCAGGCUGAGUUCUCCACUGUGCAGAAGUGAACCGCUCUCCCUUCUUCGUACCAGCGGAUGGAGUGAUUUACACAUCCUGCCAUCGAGAUCGUCUGCCACCAGUGACCAAGGGAUGGACAAGACGUUCUUGCCAUUAACCAGCGAUUCCAAGCCCAAUAGUACUUCAGACACGGCAGUGGUGUCGUGGAAUACUCCUUUCAUGCCUUGGAGUUCAACCAUCCUUAAUUCUAUUCCUGACCGAUCGACAGCGAGGCUUGAGGAACACUUUCCGGCAUCACCUGAAGCAGUAACCCAAUCCUCUAUGCUCUCACUCCCACCCCCUGCGACAGCACUCUUCAACUGGGGCGUAUAG